AUGUGCCGCACACCAUUCCCUGCACACAGGUGUUACCUAACCAUUGACGUCGCCUUAAGUGCUGACAUUCGAGCAAUUCUGGCCAAUCCUGUUUCGCAUCGGCGAAUUCGGAGGUUACCAUGGGACAGAAUUGAUCGCGAAUGGGUGUCAGCAGCCAAUGGCAGACUUAGCCCACACACUGGCAGAACUGCAGGCCCUCACCAAGGCAGCGCCAUGCCGUACCCGUUUGCGCUGUACGCAUAUGAGUGGUGCCGUCGCCGCUUCACUUCACGGUCGGCGCUGUUUGCUCACAAAGCUUGCAGCGGGAUGUGCCGUCGCAUACGCUCUCGUUACAUUCGGAACGGCUCCAGCCGCUCUCGGUUUGUCCUUUCCCUUCGUGCGCCCGUGCCUCAAGCCACGACCUCGGCCGACGCGGGAGACAACUCCGACGACGACGAUCCUCCCGAUGCCAUGGCUAACACCGCUGACCAUCUAGACCAGGCAAGUUCGAGUGCUGCCGAGCCCGAGGCUGAAGAACUGACGGAGGCGGAGGUUCGUGAAGCAGUAGAGACCGAGAAACGAGAGGCCACAGUCGCGGAGGCAGACCGCGUUCCAGAGGCGGACUUUCGUCCCACAGAGAGGUUCGACACGCUGAUGGAGGUUUUUCGCUUCAUCAUUGGAUGCAACAACGGCCGUGGUUUGUCCAACGACAGCACCGUUUGGCUGCUGAAUCUACUGAGGGAGGAGCGCCUGAACCUUGCGCUGCUCCAGCACUGGAACACACUGCAUGCCGUCGUGAAGUACGGCCUGUCGCAGCUCAUGGCGACUCGUGAGUAUGAAACCCACGCGUUUACACUGCCGAACUGGCCCACACCCUUUGAGGUCACGGCAACCAGUGGCAAGGAGGUGAGCGAGCUUAACUACGCAUUGCAAUAUGCUCUGCUCCGGUCACCACUAAACCGUGGCCCCGAUUUGUCUUGCUGCAUCCACCCCAUGGUGCAGGCUGUCCUAGAGCUGCUGCGGAACCCCGCCAAUGCGGACAGGUUCGUUCUCUUCGCACGUGAGGAGAACUAUGGGGCUGGUCGCACCUACUCCACACUCGAGACUGCCACUUAUUGGGAGGAAGCCCAACGUGCAGCGGUGGCGAUGUUCGGGGAAGGGACGGUGGUGGUUCCCAUCAUCCUCUCCAGCGACGCCACCAUGCUCAGCGGAAACGAGCGUACCAAGGUGUGGGCGGUCUACAUAAGCAUCGCCAAGAUCCCGCUCCACCGACGAUGGCAAGAGUGUGGCAAGCUGCUGUUGGCGAUGUUGCCAUUCCCGCUGAGCCAGAUGACCCCAACCGAGAAGACGGCUUUGUUCCAGGCCGCGAUGAAGAUAGUGCUUGCUGACCUUAUAGUCGCCUCACACACGGGCAUGGCGGCGACGGAUCCCAAUGGGGUCGCGCGGUUUGUGGUGCCGUUUCUCUUCUCCUAUGUGGCUGACUACCCGGAAACCUGCAAAGUGUCAUGCACCCAGCAGCUCGGGUCUGUGAGAGCGUGCUCCCUCUGCUAUGUGCAGCGGGAGCACCUCCGAGACAUGGACCGAGACGCCGCCGAGAUGAGGACUGUCGAAAAGCAGGAAGGGCUUCUUGAUGACCCAGCUGAGGCCGCCCGAUAUGCGACCAUGCGUGUCCCGGGCAACACCUACCUGACGAUGGGGCCAGACAUUCUGCAUGCAAUCUUCAUCGGCUGGUGGCUUUACAUCCGUGACGCGCUGCGGGGCAACGACAGGAUGGCCGUCACCAAGGACGGGCGAAUGGCAGAAAUGUACCCCGAUGCAAGACUCGCUGACAUCGCCCUUCCAAGCUCUGGCAACUACUGGGCGAGCGGCGCAAACUACACGGCGUCAGAACACGCCACCAUCAUGAUGGUCGCCCCUUUUGUGAUGGAAGGUGAAGGGAUCCCCAUCAAGCGCGCGGCCCUCGUAGGGGUCCUCGAGUGGCUCGAGAGCUGCGUGCGCGCCCCCUUCCACACCGAUGCAAGCUUGACUGAGCUUGAUCAACGGACCAGGAGGAUGGUUCAAGCUGUUGAGGCUGUUUUCCCCCGUGGCGGCCAGGGGUACAACCUGCUGAAAGUCCACCUGCUAACCCAUCUGCCGGACUUCAUUCACCGCAACGGAGUGCCGCGCGAGUUCUCUGCUGCAGUCUAUGAAAACGCUCACAUUCGUACCUGCAAGUUACCGUAUCGUGCCUCGAAUCACAGGGCACCAUUGCGCGCGAUCACUGCACACAACACACGGGCGGCAAUGCUGGCGCAAGUGCAGACGGGCCUGGCGCGCAGGAGGCAGAAUAACACAGCUAUGGUUCGUUCCAUGGCGACGGGCAUCCCGCAACUGACGAGGGCAAGCAGAUCGCUCACCAGCCAGCCCCAGGGGGGCGAGCCUGCAGACUCGGUAUUUGAUCAGCUGAACGUGGCACUGGGCGGGAUUCUUGCGGCAUACGACAGUGCCAUGCGCGCUGCAUGCUUGCGCCCGUUUCCAGCCAUGGUGCACACGGCGCUUGCCGUGCCGGCGGGAGAGACGGACCUUGGGACCCUGCGGCCCCACUAUGUCCGUGCUGCUGCUUCCCUGCACGGGCACAAGGCAUUCUCGUGCGUGGAGUACGAGACGGAUGCCGGGCAGCAAGAGCACGGUAGGCUUCUCAUGCUGCUGGAGGCCGAGCGGGAUGUGCCGGGGGACGUGCAGGUGGAGGUGGCAGUGAUCCAGAGGCUAGUGGAUCAGGGGCUGGACGCCCACACCGGCUGCCGCACCCUCUCCGCACCGUUGGCCCAGGGUGGGCUGGCAGUCAUUGAGGUGGCAGCGAUCCGCCGUGCGGUUCACUGCGUGCCCUCGUUCGAGCGGCGAGGGCUGUGGUAUUUGAACAGAUGGGCCUACAGGUGCACGGAGAGCCUUACUUGA